GUGCUUCUCAAUUUUCCUGCCUGGCUUCUGUUUCCUUGUUUUGCAUUUUCCGUUGGCAGGUGGUUUUGUGUGUUCUCUCUCUGUUUGUGGAAGGUGGAGCUGCAGGUGCUGUGGGUUACUGUGAUGAAUUGACUACUAAGAAGGUCCUUCUUUCCCAGUGUGGUUUUUGCUUGAGCUACAGUAUGUGUGGAGUGAGAGCCAUGGCAUUAAAGAAAGCUGCCUGCCAGCCACUGCUUAUGGGACAAAGGACCUGCUGUUUUUUUUUUAUACUCUGGACACUCACUAUACGUCAUCGCUCAACCUUCCAGUGAGGCUCCAAUGUCACUUUCACUUGAACAAGUGAAACAUUUGCAUCGCCAUUAAAGCAGAAGAAUAUAAGAACACUUUUAUUAAUCUGACAAGGCAUUCAUUUUCUAAAGGGAGAAGCUGUGAGAUGAAGCUUUUCUUUCAUUUGUUCGCCCUGACCUUGUUCUUUCUCGACAAUGGUGUGUCUGGUGUAGGAUCAGAUAAACUGUCGGUGUCUGUGAUGGAGGGAGAUUCAGUCAUUUUUCACACUGGUGUUGACACAAAAUAUCAGGAAGAUAUUAAAUGGUAUUUUUUUGACACUCGCAUCGCUCAGAUCAGUGGAGAUCUCAGUAAGAUCUGUACGGAUGUUCAGUGUAAUGAAGGGACUGAGAGAUUCAGAGACAGACUGAAGCUGGAUCAUCAGACUGGAUCUCUGACCAUCAUGAACAUCACAAACACAGACUCUGGACUUUAUGAAUUGAAGAUUAUCAGUAGUACCAGCAGCAGUGAAAACAUUUUCAAUGUUACUGUCAGUGGUGUUUCUGCUGCUGAACGAGAUGAAAUGAAGAGAAAGUCAGUGAAGAAGGAAGAAUCUGUCACUUUAGGAUCGGAUAAAACAAAAAGUCCAAAUGAUGAGUUGAAGUGGUAUUUUAAUGAGAUUCUCAUCGCUGUAAUCUCUGGAGAUCAGAGUAAGAUCUGUUCAGAUGAUGAGUGUAAAGAGAGAUUCAGAGACAGACUGAAGCUGGAUCAUCAGACUGGAUCUCUGACCAUCAUGAACUCAAUGACCACAGACUCUGGAGAAUAUAAACUACAAAUCACCAGCAGUGUCAGAAGCAGUAGAAUCACCAGAAUAAAGAUAUUCAGUGUUAGAGUCAAUGCUGUUCCAGAUCCAGGUCAGUCUUCAGCUGCUGUAGCAGGAAUAGUUAUUGUUGUUCUGCUGGUGGUUGCUCUUGUAGCUGCUGCUGGUGUGAUUUACUGUCGCCGCAGGAGACAUACAGCUGUACCACAGAAUGACAUAGAUGCUAAUAACUCGCAGCUCAAAGAAUCCAAAAGAUUGAGUGGCACGGAACAUCAAUGAAUCAGACUCAGGCCAAGGCUGCCAAUAAAACAAAGUAACAUAAUUUAUCAUUUUGAUACUUUCAAUUGAAAAGGACAUUAAAGAGAAUUAAGAAAUUAUUUAAACAAAGCAACAUGUUAUGGAUCAGCAAGGACUAUUUAUUAGAGGUGUAUUAAAGCUGCAAAAGUGAUCCAGACAGGAACAGAGAGACAUUAUCUGUUUCUUGUCUUUGCACUAUAACUGUCACCUGGUUUGACAUUUCAAUUAUUUGGACUUGCCUUGCAUUCAAUGUUACUGACAGAACGGGCUGUGUUUUCACACAGUCUCAUUCUGGAGCACAGUCUGCUCUAUUGUUACUGUCAAUGGUUUAACUGGUAUUGUUGCUGUUUCUGGGAAAGAUUGUAUCAUUACAUUGUUAAUGUUUAUGAUUUAAACAGCACUGUGCUUUAGUCAUCAACUCUUUCCACCCACCACCAAACCAAACCCAGAACCAAAACCAGCCUUAAUUAGCUUGGAAGUCCGUUGAUUUGUUUGGUGAAAAACUUUGAUGAGAGUAUUUAUGAUGUGCAGUGCCUGUAACUGGAACCAUACAUGACACAGACUCUGGUAAAUGCUGUUACUUACACUCAGAAAAUGUUUCAUGUGAUGUUUGUCAGGAGGAAUUUUACAGAAUAACUAACACAGUGAUUUUACCAAGUACAACAUGUUCCUGGAUCAACAUCCUUGUUGAUCCUGGAACAAAAUUCCAAACAACCAAUCAGAAUUAAGAUAUAACUUUUCAGAAAAUAAUUGUUUUAGGCUUGCAACCAAGUGCUUCUACACUCUUGUUAAUCAGCUAUCAUUUCCCACUGCUUUUAGGAAUAAAUUAUGGGUAAGGUAAGGUUUAGGGGUAGGGACUGGGUUAGAUCUAUAUUUUUUGGAUAAUAAUGUUUAUCCAGGAUCAUCAAAAGGAACAUGUCUUACUUGGCAAAAUCACGGCGACCAAUUAACACACAUGUAUACUGGAUAAUGAAGGUAAAAGUGAUGUGGCCAGUUAUGAAUAUGCAUCUAAAGUAUAGUAAAUCUUCAUAUAUUUGAUAGAUAUACUGUACUGUGUUUAACCUAAAAAAGCCAAAGACUGAAAUUGCAACAUUCAGUCUUACCUGUAGUUGCAAUUAAAUAACAUGUGCUGUUUUAUGAGGUGCUGAUUUGUUCUUUUAUUUUAUUUGUUGGCAUUUGAGGGGAGAUGUUUGGCAUAUUCAAUAAUGAAGUGUGUUCAGCUGUGAAUGAGUGUGAUUGAUUAUUUUGUGAUUGUAUUUUGCUGAUGUGUUUGUCCUGUAGAAUAUUUCCACUGUUUGAAGACGAUUGCUUUCACUUCAAUACUCCUUGGUUCUUUCUUCUGGCAUCCCUCUUGUUCCUUUUUUCCUUUUUGGGGAUUUGUCUUUUUGUCUGGUGCUCACUAUUGUAGAGGUAUAUCAUGAUUUUUUUUUUAUUUGUUUAUGUUAUGUUAAUAUUUUCAGAAAAGUCUCUGAAGUAUCAUAGCUAAUAUGCUGAUCCUGUAGCACCGAUUUUACCAUCAACCAAUAUGAAGUUGACAUCAAUGCUAAUGCUUUUACUCCUGUGGUCUGCUGAACAUUGGCAACUGUGUUUGUUUUUGCUGUCAGUGCCGUCUCCACCUCUAUUGUUCACUGUCCUCUGUGCUGCUGCUCUGAAAAGCAUUAUUUGCAUACUGCACCCUGUUUCCUGGUUACCAGUGAACAGUCAAUUCACUGACUCCUGCAUGAAGAAGCCCAACAAUAAAAACAGCCAAAGAAGCACAACAA